AUGGACACUCACUACUCACCCCAGGCAUUUCUUACAUGCAGCGCCAAACUCUCCACAACAUCCGGAAUGAGUUGGCCAAAUUCGAGGGCGGUUCUGUUGACUUAGACUUGGACGAUGAAACUGGACUGGCGAUACUGACUCUAAAUAAUCCUCGCAGAAUGAAUUCUAUGACAGGUAACACCCAGUAACCAAUGGUUCUCAAACUUCUUUCGAUCACAAUAUUUAGUUUCUACUUACAGUAAACCACUGUGCUCCAGUGAAUUUCCUUUCUUUCUUUACUACGGUAUGCCAGCCUAUCACCAUAUCAUGUAACGGCCAUGUGUUAAAUCUAUCCGAAAAUUGAAAAUGCCCAUUCAUUGAAGAAAACAAGAGCUUAGUAAGGCGCGAAGGAUUGUCUGUUAAAAAUUAUCAACUAAAAUUAUGUCAGACAUUUAUUGAGCCUAUCUCUCCUUUAAAUGGCACACCUAGGAAGGGUACGGGCAACUUGGGCAGUUGCCCAGGGCGCCAUGUGCUUAGGGCACCAUCCACGAUCUUCCAAAAUGGGAAAAAUCCUUGCAUAUGGGUGCCAUGGAAGAAAAAUAGAAACUGCGGUUGGCUAAUUGUACAUACUUUACAAAUACAAAUUAAGAAAAAAAAGUUAUUUUUCAUUGUUUGUUUUAAAAAAAAACAACCUAGGUAAUAAACGCAUGGCCUUGUCCAAUGUUCCCUCUAAGGUUGGCUGGUUCGUGUGCAAAGUCACAGUUGUGUGCACAGUUUUACAGCAUCAAAUUUUUUGUGUGCAAAAUUUUACAGCCUACAAACACAAACACACUUGCAUGGAAAUUUGCUGCGCGGAUACUCAAAACUGCUGCACGGCGUCUGUGAGAUAGCUGCGCGGCUGCGCAGCCGCGCAGCUUAAAGGGAACAUUGACCUAGUCCCCAGUCUUUUCAUUGCACAAAUGUUUUGAUUAUACUUAAAAGAGGCGCCAAAGUUGAGCUUGCCAAGGAUGCCAGGAACCGCAGGGGGAUGGGCAAUGGCAGCCUUAUAGUUAACUCAAUUUUGUACAACUCAGGUCUAAAAAUAAUAUGACCACACCCACAGGUAAAAUGAUGGUCGACCUGGCUGAUUGUGUGAGUGAGCUGACGAAGUGGAGUCACGGGAAAGGUCUCAUCUUGAAAGGUCAAGGUGGCAAUUUUUGCACUGGCGGGGAUCUGACAUUCGUGAAGAAGGCCCUGCAUUAUGGAGGGGAGAUGGCGGCCUACCAGCAUGACACCCUGACACGUCUGCUCAACCUUCCUCUGAUCAGCGUCGCCUUAGUUCAGGGUCACACUCUCGGCGGGGGAGCGGAGCUGUCCACUGCCUGCGACUACAGAGUGAUGUCAUCAACAGCGAAGAUUGGAUUUGUCCAGAUGAAGAUGGGUCUGACCACGGCCUGGGGCGCUGCGACCCGGCUCACUAGGCUGUUGGGUCGGAGGAAAGCCAUCAACCUUUUAUGCUCGGCAAAAAUUCUCACGGCUCGUUCGGCAUUGAGUGAGGGGCUCGCCGACUACGUGAUACCAGAAUCAUGUGAUGAUGAGCUCCAGGAAACAAAACAUUGGCUGCUGACCAACAUGUGUUCCUUGGACCCUGACGUCAUUCAAUCCCUCAAGCGCCUAGUCGUUCGCGCAGAUCUCAGAAGUAACUCAAGUUAUGCCCCUUGAUAAGGGGAAAUAAAUCAAACCUGUGUGAAAUGGGAAGGUGUGCAUAGUUAGGGGUCGUUCGUGAAUUACGUCAGGCUAAAAAUGAUCUCUUUAGA